AUGGGGGGCGCCUCGGGUGGUCCCAAGAAGCAACUGACCGUGCAAACCGGUGUUGGGUUGGCGGAGCCGGCUUCUGACUUUGACCUCCCCUCCCCCACUCCGCUCGCUGCUCCGCUCGGUGCGCCAGUUUCCGCGCCUACGGCGUCCACGCUAGAAGCAGGAGGCGGGUCUGCGGAGAUUCCGCCGCAUGACCCCGGCUCGCCUACUCCGCUAGCAGCGCCUCUUGCGGCUCCGCGGAGUUCAUCUGGAGGUGCUUCCGCGGGUGCGCCCGCGCAGGCGGUCGAUCCUGGAUCCCCGACUCCGCUUGCUGCGCCGGUUGCGCGCACGCCAACUCCAAUUUCCACAGCGGCGGUAACCGAAGCUUCCCCGCAUGACCCGGGGUCCCCCACUCCGCUCGCUGCGCCGGUUGCAGGCGGCGGCGGCGGCGGAGUGGAUGCGCCCCCGCACGACCCGGGCUCCCCCACUCCGCUGGCUGCUCCGUUGGGGGGGAAAUCCGUGGCAGGCGGAGGCGGGGGGGGGAGCGGCGGAUCUCCGCCGAAGGCAGGUCACGGUGCAGGGGAGGAAGGCGGGGAGAACGGGGAAAGUAGUGAUUCGGACGAAGAGUUUCUUUCACAGUACAAGCAGCUAACCAAGUCAAAGUCACGAGGACGAAACGAGGGGGCAUUGCUAGUGGGAGGUAGCGCGAAUAGCGGCAGUGGAAGCGGAGCAAGCGGGGGAGGCUGCGGGGUGGGAUCGGGAGCAGGGGGGAGUGGCACAGGCGGAAGUGGGGGGGAAGCGAAGCCUGGACCAGGGGGGAUAGGGGGAAGAAGCAGGGGCGGGCCUCCCCCUGUCCCUUCCGCGCAUGGUAACAAAAGCGGGGGUGGCGGGGGGGCAGCAUUGGGCGCAGGAGGGGUAGGGGGCCACUCAGCGAAAGGGGGGAUGUCAGCUGCAGCAGCAGCGGCUGUAGCGGCUGUAGCAAGCAAGCACGGCGGGCACAGCAGCCCAGUAGCAGCGGUGGGGAAAGCAGCGAUGCUGAUAGAAGAAGCUGUGAAGCCACCAUUACUGAGGAGCAGAUCAGGAGACACGGCCCGAGCCCACCCCACUGCUGCUGGCGCUGGCGCGGGCGCGGGCGCUUGUGCCUCCACUCUCUCUGGGUUAGGACUAGGUCCGGGAGUGAGUGGAGGUCCGGGAGAGGGAGGAGGUUCGGGUGGUGGUUUGGGUGGAGGCUUGGGGGGUAUGGGUUGCCACUCUCUCUCCAGUCGGCAAGCAGAGAUGCUUCACAAUGCGCUAAGAGCGCCUGCUAGGUGCCACUCUGACAAGGGCAUGCACGGGUUGGGUGGGGGCAGCCCCCCCCUGCCUGUGGGAAAACGAUGUCUGGAGGAGGGGAGGAGAGGGGGUAGCUGCAAGGAGGGGGUCGCGGUGGGGGGAGGGGAAGGCAUGGUUGUUGAUUCGGAUCUGUUUGGAUCAACUGGGGGGGAGGGCGGGGCAGUGGAUGAGGAUUUGUUUGGGGCGGAUAAUGGCAAUUCAGACGAUUCUGAUGAUGAUGAUGAUGCCGCUGUUGCAGCUGCUGCUCCUGCUGGUGCUGGUGCAGGGGUUGGGGUUGGUAGUGGUGGGGUUAGUGUUGCUGCAGCAGGUGGCGCAGCAGUGGAUGAAGAUUUAUUUGGCCCCUCCGAGAAUGUUUCUAGUGCUCAUAUCGAACCCCCCAAGAGGCUUGGUAGAACCUUCAGUGGUUGCGGCUCUUCUGCUGCCGCUGCUGCUGGUGCAGGUGCUGGUGUUAGUGGUAGUGGUGGUUCCCCUGGUGGUGUGGCAAUUGCAGCAGUAGCGCACCUUAAAGCGCAAGAGCACAAGCUAUCCAGAACAAGAAGCGUGGAGAGUUAUUCGAGACAAUCAGGCGGGGGAGGGGGGCCGGCAGGGAGGGGGGGUGUGAGGCAUAGCCGAUUCGACGGAGGAGGGGCAGCAGGAGGGGUAACAAAGGCAGCUCUGGUUGGGGGUCAGAAGCCGGUCUCAUCAGCAGCAGCAGCGGUUCCAGUGGCAAAAGCAGCGGGAGCGUCAACGGUGACUGCAUUAGUGCCGCACCACUCCCCGAGCGGAAGGAACCGCGCGCAGUCGCAAGCAUGCCGCGGGGACGGGCGCGCGGAGAUCGCGACGUGCGGGGAGAAUAGCUCCGAUGGCGCGUGGAACAGUAGGCGGCGCGUGGUCGUGGCUUCUAGAAACCCCGUAAAGAUUAACGCCGCAGGGGAGGCGCUCCGGCGGUUGUUCCCCCACGAGUCGUUCGAAUUAGAAGGCUUCCCGGCCGACUCGGGCGUCUCGGACCAGCCAAUGGGCGACGCGGAGACUCUCGCGGGCGCGCGGAACCGCCUGCUGCACGUGGCGCGCAGCAGCGCGGCGGAAGGCGCGGAUUUCGUGGUUGCGAUUGAGGGGGGAGUGGAGUGGUGCCGCUUUUCCGAUCCCCCGCAACUCAUGUGCUUCGCAUGGGCUGUCGUACUCUCCACGUCCGCGCGCGCGGACGACGAGGCGGAAGCGGACGGCGCGGUGGUGGGCGGAAGCGGGGAGGGCGGAGGCGCGGCUCCCGGGGCGGGGAACGGGAGACAGCAGCAGGGGAGGGGAGUGGGGGAGGCGACAGGGGGCGGGGGCGGGGAGGGGUUGGCGGGGAGAAGAGGAGGAGCGGCGCUUGGGGGAGUGAAUGGGAGGAGAGGGGGCGGGGGAAGCUUAGGGGGAGGGGGAGGGAACGCGAUAUCGGGGGAGACGAGAGCGCGGACGGCCGCGUUCAUGCUUCCGCCACCACUGGCGGAACUGGUGCAAGGUGGGGAGAGGGGGAAGGAGGACCGGGGGGACGAGGGGACUGGGGGGCAAGGGAAGGGAAAAGAGUGA